UUCAUUCGAGUUGAUUUCUGUUUUUCUUGCUUUUGGGGAAUAACAACGUUUUGCAUUUGGCAUGGCCCACUGGCAGGCCCUCCCACUGGAACUCUGGACCGUGAUAUUCACAUUUGUGCCUGAUCCGUCAUCCCUCAGCCUAACAUGCAAAACCCUACACACGCUCACACACGACCCUUACACGGUCUCAAAAUGGCUCAUCACGGCUUAUGGCCGGGCAUUGGCGUUUUAUCGAGGGUGGAUGGAGCGACGGAGGGUGUUGAAUUGGGAUGUGGCUUUGCAGAUGGUCAAGGCGGGUGCGAUGUUGCAAAGGUUUUUUGUGCAGAUGGUUGUUAAAGAAAUGGGAAAGGCCUCUGUGGAGCCGGGGUUUUAUGCGUUUUUGGUGGGGGAGGGAUUCAAGAAGUUUGGUACUGAGGUGGAUUAUACCGGGGACGAUGCAGCGGCGUUUAGUACGGCCCUCUUUACGACUGUUUCCCUCCCACACCUCCAUCGUCUCAUUACCACAUUUCAUUUCCAUCCCCUGAAACCCCUCAUCACCCACCCUGAAGAAUCCAUCUACCGUCUCUCAAAACUCGACAUGGCCCUCCUCGACCACCUCCUUGGCACCGGAUGGGAUCCGACCCCAUUCAACGACGGCGUCAUGAGACGUGUAGUCACCGACGAUGUGACGCCUGAUGUAUUGACAAGCUAUCUUACCCGAGGCUUCACCCUAACACCCCAAUCCAUCAAAGCCGCCCUCCGAAAAUGCGAUGAAGGAACGCUAACAUCCCUGAAAACGCACGUGGAACCCACUCUACUCGAAUCCGCCGUCCACGACCUCUUUAUCGACAACCUUGCCCCCGAUUUCCAAUUCUCGAAUGGCCUCGUUGCGUUCCUUUUACGCCAUUUCCGUAUCCCUGACCCGAUUGUCGAGCAGGCUCUUGUGGAUCCCCAUCCCUCCGAGACCUGUCUGCCUCUUACACCCAUCACCCGGUGUUUCAAACAACCCAAACCCGGUGUCGCAUGGCGGUGGAUCCUCCGUACCUAUGGCCCCACACACCGGUUUACGCAAUACUGCUUUGACGACGCUUUAUUACGCCUUUCGCAUCCGGAUGGGAAUGUCCGACCCACUACACACGAUUUCCUUGCUAGCGGUGUUAAAUUCUCUCCACGGCAUGUUCGAUACCUUUCAGCAAUCGCGAUGGGGUGUGCAGGGUUUGCGGUCCUUGCUGCUCACGAUCUCCUACAACGUAUGCGCCAACAAGUUGUUUCUGAUGGUGGGGAUGCCUGGGCGGAAGUCUUUGGAUCUGAGAUGGAGCACCUAAAGAAUUUGCCUUGUAAGAAGGAGGAUGGGGAUAUGCCGGUUUGGGCUUCCACCCGACGUCCUAGUGAUCCCCCGUUUCCUGCUGCGUGGUUUGUGCGAGAGAUGGAGAGUAUUGUUGAGGAGAUUGGGAAAGGGUGAAGGGAUGUUGGGGAAUUGUUUUGCUUUUGGGUGGACUUGUGUGUGCUUUUAACAGUAUUUUAUAAAGAACCGUUUUGCAC